CGCAAAAAUGUGUGUGUGGGGGUAAUGUAGAAGUGGGCCAUUUUGUUUAAGAAUUACAUGCAAUUACAACCCUACGAAUUCUGCUUUUUUUAGGGCAAGAGAAAAGAUCAGUAGAAGAACGAACUUUGUUUUCUGUGCUGUGUUUUCAUUGUCAGCAAAAAUCACACAGAAGCCCAAGAUGAUGUCACGAAUGUCUUCUAACGGUGUACUCGUGCAGCCACACCGAGCUCCUGGCAACAAAAGCCACCCACCUAGGAACACAAAACGGUCUCGGGAGCAGCUGAAGCACAACAUCGAGCAGAAUGCCAUACGGGAAAUUCCGUUUCACGAUCGAAUCAGGGAGUACCAAAACGAGUUCGACGAUACCGUCAUCGGUAAAGCAACUCCAUUGGCCACUUCCCAUGUGCUGUCCGGGUCUUCUUCGAGCAGUAGUUCUUCCUCAUCAGCAACGAGGCCUGCUGCUGACCUGUUCUGGUCUACCUGGGUGCAGUCAAGAGAUCGCUGCGACAUGGUUGCAUUUCUGCUGCAGCGGUCGCCGGAAAUCACGCUUAACAAAUCGGAGCUUGUGCCGCACCAUGCGGUGGACUUGAUGGAUCGAUACGUCUUCGCUGCGAGGACCUGGACCCCGCACCUCGUGUUUCCCUGCUUGUUCGUUUCGCGAAAGCUACACGACGAAAACGCAUUCGGUGGUAAAAAAGAAAGCAAACUUGUUUUUUUUUUGUUGAUGCAGAUGCACGUGCUCGCCAUAGCUCAUAUGGACAUUCACUUUCCUCGUCGAUCAUGGUCUGAUUCUCGAUAUAUGGAAUGAACAGCUGCACGACACAAAUUAAACAUUUUCAAAAGUGCACCAAAUAAAGAAAUAAUCUUGCUGCAGGCUACGUCGACCUUGACGACAGCUAUGGUUCCCUGUUGGACGAGCUGAACCACGACGACGGCACUCUGUCAGUGUCCGAGUGCGAGGAUUUAGAACGCACCUUAUUGAACACGUUGGAGUUUCGCGUUUUCCGCAAUCCGCUUUUGAUCGAAUUCAUUUCCUGGCUUGGAAACGCGGUCUCGCUCUCCUCGUUCGACCUCAAGAAAGCGCAACUGCUCGCAGAGUCCCUGUUUUUCUGCCCCGACGUCGCGUUUCACCCGUGCCGCCCGGCGACGGCACUAGCAAUAGUGUUUUUCGCUUGCAGUGAGUACAGCAGCUUGGAGCUGUGCAUCAACCUCGCCCUGCAGCACACGUGUUUACUGGAGAACGUUCCCGGCAUACUGAAGCACAUCCGUAUGAUUUUCAUCAAUAUUUCCAUUUCCUCGUCACUCUAUGUAUUGCAUACAUACUUUAACUUUUUCGCGCUAUAGUAGAAGCAGUUGACAUCCUCGAUCUACAUCUUGCACGAAAAAUAUGUCAACAAGCAUGGACACGACAUCUUCAAAUCCAAAUGUCUUUUUUUGUGUUCAGAUACUUUCCUCGAAGGCCGAGCCACUUCUCCCGUUACCCGCGUAGCAGUAACUGCAGAAAAUGCUGGCCCACCGGGUACUACCACACCGCCGCCAGCGCCGACAUUCGUUUCUGUCUUCAAGCGAGUCACGAGCGCCAAGCAUAGCAAUUCAGGCGGAUUCAAAACCUACGGCGCAACCAUGGCCCGGAACUUGUUCGACUGCAGCUCGAUGCAAAGUAAUUCAGGCGGCAACUCGUCGUCUUCCACUUCCACUUCCACGACGGCAGGGCCGCGUGAUGUGUCAUCUACGCAGGGAAAGUUGGGGGCAGCGGGUCGAACAUGCAGAAAGAAGGUGCGUUGGAGCGACUUCGCAUCGCAGUGGGGCCGGAUGGUGCAGAGCCAAAAGGAAAAACUCGGAUGGUCGCCAACGGCGGUUUCGAGCGCUACUCCAAGUCCGGGCCUAGAGAAGAAGCGCCAACGCAUCUCCGCCUCCACGCCGUUUGGCGCUAGUACAGACGGAGCAUCUAAGAGCAACGCUGUCAUCACACCCAGCACGGUUGCAUCGAGCUGCUCGCUGGCCCUUGUCUCAGCCGAUCACGCGAGUCGAAACGUUGUCGGAGGACUCGACGGAAUGAACGGAGGAUCGCAUGGUCAUCAUGAGCAGAUUGACUUCGAAAUGAUCCAGGAGCAGGCCACCACCGAAGAUCUUCUUGCGUCUACCAAACAGCAGGAGCACCGGCAUGGAGCAGGAAUUUUUCCACACGACACCUUCAAGAUCAGCGAAAGCAUGCAGGUUUCUUCUACAUCAAGCAAGAAAAACCGGAACCGGCGGUAUAGUUGCACGCAUGCGCAGCGACUGAAUUUUAUUGCAGAUGAAGACGCUGACAGCGAGGAUGCAAACAGUAGCUGCAGUCGGAAGAUGAAAACUGCGAAGAAACGUUCCGAAGAGAAGAAAAAACGACUGUCGUUUUCUGAUGCGGUAAUGCACCACAAGGAGCAAGUGCAAGGAGAUGACGACGUCCACAAAAACAACUUGAUCACGCAAGCGAAAAAUCCGCGUGCAGACCGGCGAACAGCCUGGGACGAAAGCCAACAAAGCCGCAGUGAUGUCUCCAGCAGCUUCGAAAUCGAGGAUGACACCACGACAAGAAAGAACACGACCAACGCUGCUGGUGGAUUCUUCGCCGGCACGACGGCGGGAGCGAACACUUCUUCUCAAGGCGGGGACCUCCACCUCCACAAGGUCGCCCAGAAGCAAAAGUCUGGGGAGAACUUCGAUGACCAACGAGACGAAUUCAUUAUCGACGAGUUUUUGAAUGCUAUCAAGUAAAAUAUUACAUAACAAAAAUCAAAAUGCAGAAAAAUAUGCUAUAUUCUAUGGGGAGCUUUUUGCGCGGGUGCUAGUAAAGGCAGAAGUACAUGCAAGAAUAGAAGCAAAUCCUGCAAGUAGAAGAAUUGUCAUGCGCUCAUGAUUUUUGUGAAAACUUCAUGAGGAGACGCUUCGGCAGCGCGCGAAUUUUGUUUUAGAACUUUGAACAAACGAGCUUACAUUUCGCUUUGAUGCCAUCGUGCUCAUCGUUGGUACCUACUAGAAUAUGCGUUUACAAAGUGAAAGUCUCUCACUCAGAAAAAACUGUUGAUUGAAUGUAUCAAGAAACCGUCAGAACUAAAUCAUGCGAAAUCUUCGAACUUUGAUUUUUACCCUUCUUGUAAGUAAUGUAUGUCACGCAGGAACGACCGGACCGGCGACGUCAGUGAUGUCGACUUUGCGUCUACUCCAGAAUCAAUUCUUGCAAUUGUUUACAACUUUCGGCUUCGAGGACUCGAUAAACGGAGCUGCUAUCUAUAUCAGAGGUCCCGUCCGAUUGAACUAAAAUUUUUUAUGUUUCUCUCUGUGUACAAAAGAAGUGAAAUAAAAGUGUAAGAUGCUACUUAUUUGCACAGGCCCAAGCAGAACUUUUUCUUUUCUUCUGAAACCUUUCUGAUGUAACAACGACUCGCACAGCUUUGCUUACUAAAAG